AUGGAACCACAGGUGCAGACAGAGGAGCAAGCGCAUAAGCUGAAUGUUGGUACAGACAAUAUACAGGAUACAGAAACUGAUGCGGAAAUGGCUGUGAAUCUAAAUGUGGCAAAUGGCAACUGUGACUCCUUAGAAGUAGAAACCGAUGUGAUUAUGGGGCAAGGGUCGUUAUUUAAGGAAGGAAAGGAUGUUGACGGGGUUGAAAAUGUAGAGACUGUAGUAGUGGAGACAGAAUAUGGAAUAGACUUGCCAAUUAUAAAGUUAAAAAAGAAGAAAAAAUUUGUAGUUGCAACAUCAGAUGUCUCGGCCAUUUUGGAACCGUUUGCAGCUGAACGUCAAAUUAAGAAAUGGGCGAGGAAAUUGAAGUUUGAUAACUUUAUGACUAAUUAUCAACAAGAAGGCAAGAUUUGGGUCUUCUGGCAGAAGGAUCUGCUUCCAAUCUGGGCGAAUGCAACUGUGGAGAGAAUAAGAAACAGUUUAGAGGUAGGACAUCCUGUGGGUGGUUGGGGUGAUUUUAAUGUUAUCCGAUAUAAUCAUGAAAAAGUUGGGGGUCUUUUAAAGCCUCAGAGAGUUGAUGAUGAUUUUAAUAGUAGCAUAAUGAAUUGUGGGUUUAUGGAGAUUCAAGAAGAGGGUUCAAGAUUCUCAUGGUGUAAUGGGCAAGAAGGAAGAGGUCGAAUAUGGGCUAAGCUAGAUCGGGUAAUUGUUAAUCAAGAAUUCAUUCGGAGGUACCCUGCAACGAAGAAAUGUGGUUGCAAAGAGUUGGGAGAACCUACAAAGUUCGAUGGGCUUUUGAACUUGGCUGCCAAGUUGAAGCGUCUGAAGCAUACUCCAAAGGAGUGGAAUCGCAAUUCGUUCGGCAAUAUCUUUCAGAAUAUUACACGGGGGGAAGAUCGGAUAAUUCUAUUGGAAGGCAAGGUAAUACAGUCGGGUGAUGCAGAGGAUGACAAAUUGUUGCAGGAAGCUAAAAAAGGUCUGCAUGACUGGCUGUAUCAAGAAGAAAUAUUCAUGGCUCAAAAGGCGAAGUCAAAAUGGAUAAAGGAAACGGAUGCGAAUACCAGAUUUUUUCAUGGUAUGGCCAGGAAUCAUAGACAGAAAGAGUGGAUAGGACAAAUGGAAAUGCAAGAUGGGCAGGUGCUUCAGUCCCCCGUUGAGGUGCAUGAUGGAGCCGUAGAGUUUUUCCAGAGGUCAUAA